CGCAGUAAAGAUGGAACUUCUCGACUGAGUGAAUAAAAGGCAGAUCGGCACAAAGUUUGUCUGUCCGUAGCCAUUAUGGCAUAAAUGAAUCUUCGGUCCGCUUCAUAAAGAAGGACGAAAAUAAUAUCUGCCACAAUGCUCUUGUCGUAGUACAAUUGGCAUCAACUUUAAUGCUCGAGAAUGGCCAGAUUCACUCAGACUGAAACAAGAAGGCAGCAGCAGCAGCAUCCUCCUCAUCAUCAUCCUCUUCCUCCUCCUGCUCCUCAGCAGCAUCCCGCUCCACACUCCUCCAGCUUGCUCCUCAGCGGACCGAGCCCGGCACCACUGCUCCUGAUCCCGCAACACCAGUCCCAGUACCAGCAGCAGUACGUCCAGAUCCCACUGCCCAAACCCAUGAACGGCUCGGAACCCAUUUCACUUCAUUCGGAGAGCGGCGCCAUGAAGGACCAGGAUGCCAUUAAGCUGUUUAUCGGGCAGAUUCCGCGCAACUUGGAGGAGAAGGACCUGAAGCCCCUCUUUGAACAGUUUGGGAAGAUCCACGAACUGACCGUUCUCAAGGACCGCUACACUGGCAUGCACAAAGGUUGUGCGUUCCUCACCUACUGCGCCCGAGAGUCUGCCAUCAAAGCCCAGAACGCCCUCCAUGAACAGAAAACACUGCCAGGGAUGACUCGCCCCAUCCAGGUGAAACCGGCUGACAGCGAGAGCCGUGGAGAAGACAGGAAGUUGUUUGUGGGGAUGCUGAACAAACAACAGACCGAGGAGGACGUUUACCGCCUAUUCGAAUCCUACGGAGUCAUCGAGGAGUGCACGGUCCUAAGAGGUCCUGACGGCAACAGCAAAGGUUGCGCCUUUGUCAAGUUCUCCACACACACCGAGGCUCAGUCAGCAAUUGGUGCCCUACACGGAAGUCAGACAAUGCCAGGCGCGUCAUCCAGCCUGGUGGUCAAGUUCGCCGACACAGACAAGGAGCGCACCAUCAGACGCAUGCAGCAGAUGGUCGGCCAGUUUGGCAUCUUCAACCCUGCCAUUGCCCUUCCCUUCAGCACCUACAGCUCUUACGCACAUGCGCUCAUGCAGCAGCAGGCGGCCAUCAUGGCGGCGAGCCAUGGCGGUUACCUGACGCCGAGUGUGGCCGCCUUCCCGGCCACACAGAUCCACCAGAUGGGGGCACUCAACAUCAACAGCCUGCCACCCACCCCCAUGACCCCGGUGUCGGGUGAGUUUCAUCAAGCCUUGGGCCUAAGUUCACCACCAGCCAACAUCACCACCUCUGCCGUGCCCAGCAUCGUCACGCCUAUCGUCAACGGAUUCACCGGCAUCCCUCAUCAGCCCAACGGACAUCCCGCUGUGGAGACGGUCUACACCAACGGCCUGCCGCCUUACUCCACCCAGAGUCCCACCGCCGCUGACACCCUGCAGCAAGCCUUCACUGGAGUACAGCAAUACACAGCGAUCUACCCAGCCACCACGCUGACUCCCAUUGGCCAGACGCUGCCCCAAGCGCCCCAGGUCAUCCAGCAACAACAGCAGCAGCAGAGAGAAGGUGAGGGUCCGGAGGGCUGUAACCUGUUCAUCUACCACCUGCCACAGGAGUUUGGAGACAACGAACUCAUGCAGAUGUUUCUGCCCUUUGGCACCGUCAUCUCAUCCAAGGUCUUCAUGGACCGGGCGACCAACCAGAGCAAGUGCUUUGGCUUUGUGAGCUUCGACAACCCCGCCAGUGCACAGGCAGCUAUCCAGGCCAUGAAUGGCUUUCAGAUUGGCAUGAAGAGGUUGAAAGUCCAGCUAAAGAGACCGAAGGAUGCCAGCCGCCCUUACUGACACCGCCUACCUUUAGUAUUCACCGCAGCAGCAGCAGCAGCACAGGUUUUAGACGACACGUGAAGAUAUUUCGGAGGGGCUUAUCUCUUCUUUUUUUCCUCGGAAAGCAACAUAUGUUUUUAAAAAAAAAAAAAAAAAAUCAAAACGUAAGGAUUUUUUUCUUUGGGAAGACAUAUCAGCAUUUACUUAUGAAGAUGUAAGUGGCGGAACGAGACGAGGAGGCACGUCGCCAGGGACGCUAACAGAUGGCACAGUGUGAGAAAGGAAAGAAAAGGAAGGAAAAAAAACUGGAAAAAAUGAAACGAAAAAGACUUGAUCAACAGAACUUUUUUUUCUUGUUGAGACUUGAAUUGUUAACGAAGCAACAAACUAACAAACAGGAAAAAGCAGCAACAACAAAUAGAUUUCUAUAUACAUAUUCUAUACACAUAUAUAUAUAAGUGAGAGAUGCGCUUGUGGCUUUACUGCUCCUUGGACAAAUGAGGGUUCACAAAAGGCGAAGAUGGGAGGCGGAAAGACCGUCUUUCUUCUUCUCCCUCUUUUUCUUGUGUCGUCUCGCAGCAAGUGCGGCGCCACUAGCCCUGGAGGAGGUCACUGAGGUUUCCGUUAGCAACAGUACAACUGAGAAUCUUUCACCCCAAAAAAGGGACCAAAGGACCAAACACAUUUGUAUUGUUCAGAAACAGUAACGCAUCGUAUUAAUUCAUGAGACAGCAGUACUACUAAUGAUAUUAAGGUAAAAAAAAAAAUUUAAACAUUGCUUCAGGUUGAAAGAAAGAAAAGAGAAAAAUAAUGUUUUUUUUCAUAACUAAUGGGUUUGAGAAUAUUAAAACGAAAACAUGAAAAAAAUUAGCUAUACAAUUUUAGUGGCGUAGAAUAUGUGGGAUAGAUAUUGUAAUGGGCAUAAGUUCAUCUUCAUUAUUCAUUUCAUUUUAAUUUAUUGUGAAAAUAAAAUCACAAAUAAGCCGCCAUAUUGAUAUUGUGGGAAACCAGCCGUUGGUGAUUUUGUGCAAAAGUUAAAUUUUUAAAGAUGCCAAAAAGCUGCUAUGUAAUUAAUUUUACAACAAACUAACUUAUUAAGCAGUGGUUCUGAAAUGUUUUACAGCAAGUACCACCUGAAAAAAUACUUCGCACCAUUAUGAAUAACAUUAAAAUACAGCAGAUCACUGGACCUAAAUGUUCAUCAAAAAUGUUUUAUUUCUAAAAUGUAUAUUCAAUAUUAUCAUAAGCCACUGGAACAUUAUGCAGCUUUAACAUUUGUACUGUGCUUAAAUAUAGGAUGAUAUAAAAAAAACUGUACUUAGAUAAUCAGCCAAUUAAAGUGUAUUGCACAUAAACAUUAAAUAAAACAUGUACAUAAAUGUUUAAAAACAAACACUUCUUAAAGAUUAAAUGCAAAUAUAUUGAAGUUAAACGUAAACCAUUAGUGGUACUCGUACCACACUUUUAGAAUCACUAAAGAAUCAAGAGAGAAUUUUAUUUCAUUAUACCGAAGGAUCAUUUUUGCAAGAAAAAUGGGUCAGUUCAUUUGUCUGGAGACAAAUUGUUAAAAAGUGUGUCUUUAUCUCGGUUAGGCGAACAAGCCAUCAUUAUGCAAAACCAUCACUCGCCAAACACACACCUUGCCUUCAAAUCACCUUGUGAGGAUUACCCGUCCAUGAUAUGAGUGUAGUGUUGCCAUAACUUUGGUAACAUGAACUGAAAAACAAAAAUGCUAAAUCAGCUAAUCUUACCUGUAUGUGUUGUCAACUGUGGUUGACUUUAUCUCUAUUAAUGUCUUUUUUCCCAUCGUGUCAUCAUCUGCGGCGGUUGACAAAAGUAACAAGCCUAUUUUGACAAAUUAAGGAGAAGAAAUUACAGAUAUCCGUUUUCCAAUGUAGGGAGUAGACCUAAAAAGUUGUCAGUAGCUGAAAAAUCUACUUCAGUAUUUGUACUUUGUUACUUCACAAGAGCAAUACGGCGGCUGCUCUUCACUUUAUCCAUCAUGCUUUUUCCCUUCCUUUCUACCUUCCUACCUUCCUUUCUUCCUUUUGUUGCAUCAUUAAAGCCUUGAUAUUCCAGAUAAUCUGACCGUAAAGCAGUGUGCUAAAAGUGCCAUCCGGCUGAGCCGCACGUGCGCCGCAGUAAAACAACGCAGUGUCUGUAACGUCUUCAUAAAAAUAUACAAAUGGACCUGACAGCGGUUGUAAACAUCGUCGCCACUGUCGAGUCAAGGCAGUGCCAGCACGGGUCGCGCCUUCUCCUGCUGCCAAGCCUCUCCAGCUGCUCGCAGCGGGGAGAGCGUCCUCCCCUGUCGCCUCGCCUCCGGGUGCCAGCAUAUCUCUCACUCUUAAUAGGAGCCAUCAGUUCCCAGGGCUGCAUAAUGAGGAUGAUGGUAAUAUUGAUCAGAUGGGGAGGGGGGAGCGAAGUAUGUGCAAUCAAUUAUAAAUUUGGCUUGAUGGAGUUCACUUUUCUCUCAUGGUUGGUGGAUACAGUUGUCGUUUGUUGCAACAUAGAUGUCUCCAAAUCAAUCAUCGGAAGACUGGCUUCGCAAAGAACUGACAGAAACUGUUUGGAAAAGGGAGAGAAAAAAAGUACAGUCUUGUCACUUGGUACCCUUUAAGCGCGUGUUUCGUGACCUUUUGUGGCCAAGACAUAUACUGUAUCUAUUACUUGAGAAAAAUCCCACGCAUAUCAACACAUAAAAAUGUCACAAAAAGUAUAUACUGUACUGACGAUGAGCUAGUCUCAGUUUACUCACAAAUUUACUUAGUGUGAAAUCUGGGCCUGUGUAGUUGAACACAAAGCUAUUAUUCUGUUUAUGAAUGGCAACAUGUGGACACACAGUUGAAUUGGACCUUUUGCCAUCUGGUGGAAGAGCAUUUAAUUGUUCUGCCUGUCACUAUACGUCGCUGGCAUAGAUAGAGCAACAAAGAUACAUUAUUCGUCGUAAAUAAGUAAUAAUUUUCAGACCAACGGCUUUCAUUUGUACCUCGAGGGACAGAUAAUGACUCCUACUAUAUUCUAACCAUGGAACCUCUUGAGUGGGAUGACCACCCAUUCAGUCCAUACUAGUAGCCAACUGCAGCUUUCAUCCUAUAAUCUCAAACAGAUGAGGAAAAACGUGUUGCUUGAAGGGCGUUUUUAAAAUGAGGUAUUAAAACAAAACAGGACUUUUGUCCUUAAUGUGCCAACGGAAACACGCAACACAGUAUGACAGGAACAAUGUUGAAAGGACAUUGAUAACUUUGCAUUCUUCGCAGCACUGGGUGACUAUAUCUAUUUUUAUGCCGCAAAACAAAAUAAAUUCCAUAUUAUCACAGUGUGAUCGUAGAGUGUUUUAACUUAAGCAUUCUGAUACAAAUAACAAUUUAUUUAGGAGUUCAUUUUUACAAUUAUGUACUGUAUUACAAAAAAACACAUUCAGUGUCUCUGAACGCACCGCGGUUACUCACACAGCUGCCGUGUGCCUGCCUAGUUUCAUUCUGAAGAGUGAAAUAGGAAUUGCAGCAGGUGUCAAUUAUUUUAAUCUUUUGAGCAUGUCCUAACAAGUCCCUCUGCUGGUCACUUUUAAUAUUAAGGUUGAUUCUCUGUAUAUUGCAGUACACCAACAUUGCAGCAGAUCCUGCGAUGUGACUGUUGCGCACACGUACAUCGUUCAAACAAAAUAUCGUCCAGCCCUACAGUAAACCUUAACGGGGAGUGGCAUUAAACAGCUUGAAGCUUGAUGAAUUGUUCACUAUUUACCAAACAUCUGCUUAUUGUGAAGUGAAUUGAGUUCACUGCCACCAUACAGCGCUUGUAUCUCAAGUUUGCGCUUGCAAGUCAAAGCAAAAAAGCGUCAGAAUAUGACGGCUUGUAUCUUGAAAAAACCCGUCAGUCGGGUAAGUCAUAUUUCAAGGCACCACUUUAACGUAUGUUUCAGCGAGGGCAGCACGGUGAGCUAGUGGUUAGCAUUUCUGCCUCACAGUUCUAGGGAUUGGUGUUCGAAUCUCAGCUCGGCAUUCCAGUGAUUAGUUUGCAUGUUCUUUUACAAAAUUCAGAAUUCCUCCCAUGUUCCAAAAACAUGCAUGUUCGGGUCACUGAAGACUAAAUUGUCCAUAGGUAUGAAAGUUAGUGUGAAUGGUUGUUUGCCUAUAUGUGCCCUGCGAUUGGCUGGUGACCAGUCCAGCGUUUCCACUUUGUUUCUGACAGAAGGAAAACUUGUGCAAUGCUAGAUUCGUGCUCAUUUGCUCAUAAAGCCAUGAUGAUAAAACUGCUUAUAUGAAGGAUUGUGAUGGGUUAAAUCCUGGACCUCUUGAUCCCAAGUGUCAAACUGGUGGCCAGGGGGCCUGAUCCGGCCCGCCACAUAAUUUUAUGUGGCCCGCGAAAGCAAAUCAAAUUUGCUCAUUUUGUUCUGGUGUAAUACGAUUGAGAUAUUUGCAAGCAUUUUUUUGUUACCAAUGCAUAGUUAGAUCAUAGUGUGUAUAAAGAGUCAACUACAUGAGUUGUUCUCUACCGAAGAGCAGCUGUAUUCUCUCCGCAGAGGGUAUAAUGGUGCCAUGAGAGCUCGUACACAGCCGGGCAUUAGCAGCCUUAGGAGGUCAAAUUAAGAGCAAAAUGAUCCAUCAAUUAGACAGCGGCAGGCCUGUAGGUGAAUCAGCCAACAGCUGCUGCAGACAAAAUGAGCGCUUACCAUUAAUUGCCGGUCACGCAUGGCCGCCAUAUAUCUAAACUAGCGUCACAUCAUAGCCAAGAUGCGCAAAAGAUGUAACUUCCAAAAUGAAAUAGGCUUUUAAUUGGCUGUUUGCAUUUCAAUCGGUCUCUGUGUGUGUUUUUAAUCCUUUUCUAUCUCCAUAAAGCAGCCUGCCUUCUCUAAUAGUUGUUCUUUUCUUUCCCAGAUUACAUUUUAUUUCGAGUGUAAAAUUGUAAGUAGUUCUUUUUAAUGGGGACUUGAAACCUGAAAUAAAUAACUCAAUGGCAUGUUUGGCAAUACCAUCACUUAAAGAUCAUCAUUCUGAAUUCUGAUUCUGAGAUCAUCAUUUGACUAAUUUGGAAAAAGGUUUUCCACAAAUUACCGUAUAUCCUCAAAUAACAGUCUCCACUCUAGUAAAAACCACGUCAAUAAACUCACUUGAAACAAAUAAUCUCCUCCCCAAAAUAGAUAAUUCAUCGGUGAAAAUAAAUUUAAAAAAAAAACAUUUGCUAAUUGUAAUUAUGUUAGCUGAUAGACACUAUUGUUCACAUCGGGUUGCUAACCAAAACAGCAGCACUAGCGUCACAUCAUAGCGUUCUCUCAGCUGAAUCAACUGUGAAGUCUUACAGCAUGGUUGUAAACAAGUUGCCUGAGUGGUAUUAAAGAUUAUCUUACUGGCAAUUCCAGAACCGAAUGUUCAUGUACAGUCGCUAGCCAAAACAGCAGCACCUACCGGGUCACGUAAACAGUCUCUCAGAUUAAUUAAAGCGUGGAGACUUGUUAUAAUAAAGUUCCCUGCGUAGUAUUGAAGAGUGUAUGGAAAAAAAUAACAGCCAAAUAAGUUUUUUAAAAUGUAUAUUUUCUAAUGGAAUGUUCUGAGGUUCUGUUUUCAGGUAUUAGCUUGUGAGGUAGCUCAAUUCCCCACAGCUGAUGUCACGUUGGUCUUCUUUACACAGCAAACCAGCGCCUCUGCUGGUUGCAGCCAAUUAUUGGGCUCCAGUUUGCGUUAACUGCUUCAAGAAGGUUAUGACUUCAUCCAUAAUGAUGCCCGAAUAAACGCAUUUGAGGAAAUAAUCAUCCCCGCCCAUCCAUCCAUUUUCUGAGCCAUUUAUCCUCACAAGGGUCGCGGGAGUGCUGGAGUCUAUCCCAGCUAUCAACGGGCAGGAGGUCGGGUACAUACAUAUAUAUAUAUGUGCCCAGCCAAUCGCAGGGCACAUAUAAACAAACAAUAUAAACAACCAUUCACACUCACAUUCACACCUAUGGGCAAUUUAGAGUCUUCAAUUAACCUACCGUGCAUGUUUUUUGGGAUGUGGGAGGAAACCGGAAUGCCCCGAGAAAACCCACAGGGGGAACAUGCAAACUCCACACAGGCGGGGCCGGGGAUUGAACCCCGGUCCUCAGAACUGUGAGGCAGACGCUCUAACCAGUAGGGUACCGUGUCGCCCAUCCCUACCCAGUAUAUGAGAAAACACUGUAUUUCUUGUGUCAAUAUAUGUUUUUUUGUAACAUAGUAUAACAUUAUGGGAAGCAGGUACUGUAGAUUUCAGGCUCCCUGGAGAGUUCCCGUUACUGUUAAUGUCAAGUGAAGCUGUGAUAGAUGCCCUCCUUUUUUUUCUCCCAGCCAUACGAGGCCUUGUAAAUCCUGGGGAAAAAAAUAUUUUUUAUUUAUUUUGGGGUUUUUUUUUUUU